AUGAGUAUGGUUGGUUUGACUUUACUCGGAAAACUCAAUCGAAUUCUUUGUGCCGUUAAACAUGGCGAUCCGCACAUUCCAUUCGGUGGUAUAAACGUGAUACUCUUUGAUGAUUAUUUACAGUACCGGCCAGUAUACGAUGCUCCGUUACACACUGACUUUUCGUCGGAAAAUAAAAAGAAAUUCAAUAAAUUAUCUUCGGAAAAAGAAAUCCAACAACGUGUUGCACGUUCUUUAAUUCUACAAAUGAAUUGUGUGGUCAAACUUACUCAACAGAUGCGAACAGAAGGCAUACGAUAUCUUCAGUUACUUGAACGGCUUCGUCAAGGUCAAUGUAGUUAUGAAGAUUAUGAGUUAUUAUUGAAGCGUGUUGUUGUACAGUCAGCAUUAUCUCUUCAUGAACCACCAUGGAAUCAAACUCCCAUGCUUGUAUUUAGAAAUGAAAUACGAACACAAUUGAACCACAGAUCGGUAAUUCAUACUGCAGUACAAACAGGUUGCAAUCCAAUGGUAUGUGUUGCUCAGGACUUUUGUAAAGGCAAACCUGUUGAAGAGCCGAUACUCCUUAAAAAAAUUAUUGGAAUUAUCUGA